UUUCCCCUACUUCGACUAUUUCUUCACUAGAGCUACCUACUAACCAUAACCAACCUUCAUAAUAAAUCAAAUAGAGACCUUAUUAUAUAUUAUUAUCAUUAUCAACUUCGUAUAGUUUUUGUGUUUCUAAAAAGAAAAAGAAAAUGGAAGGAAAUAGUAAUGGAAAUGUAGAACAGGUUCGGUAUAGAGGAAUUCGUAGAAGACCAUGGGGUAAAUUUGCAGCAGAGAUUCGUGACCCAACAAGAAAAGGGACAAGAAUAUGGCUUGGAACAUUUGAUACUGCCGAGGAAGCUGCACGUGCUUAUGAUGUUGCUGCUUUUCAUUUUCGUGGUCAUAGAGCUAUUCUUAAUUUCCCCAAUGAGUAUCAAGCUUCUAAUUCGAAUUCUAAUUCAUUACCUAUGCCUAUUACUCUGCCUCCUUCUCCUUCUCCUCCUUCUACUAAUCCUAAUCCUAAUUCCACUUCCUCUAAUUCAUACUUUGUUGAUGACAAUUUUGAUUUUGAAUUUUUGGAUGAUAAGUUGCUUCAAGAACUCCUUCAAGAUGGAAGCACCAAUAGUCAGUAAAUGAGAGCUAGCUACUGUUGAAGAGUAUGAAAUGUGUUGUAAUAAUUUUAUUUGUUUCAUUAAAUGAUUUUGUUUGGUUAUGUAACUCAUUCUUAUUCUUAUUAAUGAGAUUGGGAUAUUGGACAUUUAUAA